AUGUGGCAUGUGGUCUUCUCCCAGCCAGAUUUGGCAGCGGAUAGCGAGGUGAAGACCAUCUCCUUCUCCGGGCUGGCGGUUCUGCUGGUGCUGGGCAGCGUGGGCUACGGGCUCCACCGGAAGUUGCAGCGGUGGCCCAGCGCGCGCAUUGCCGUGCUGAGCUGCCUUGGCGUUGGCAUAGUCCUGGGACCGUUUGUGCUUCUGGAAUGGCUUGGCCCAUUGAGAUCGCGCAUGGCCCACUUCGUGUUGUCGUUCUUCGGCGUGGUGGCAGGGUUCCGGUGGCUGGAGCUGAUCUGCGGCACGGGGCCCGCAGGCUUCGAUCACUCCGCCAAGAACUUUGUGAUCUACUUCACCAGCCCGGCGGAAGUUCUGUUUGAGGAGGGCGGUCUCAAGCCCUCCAGAGACGGGCUUGUCGCAGAACUGCUGUUCCGCAUUGCGAAGCAUAUGCUCAUCGGCACACUGGUGCUGAGCCUUGGCAAGGCCACGGACUUCUCGCCCUUCCUGGAAGAAGACCCAGCCGUGCUGCCGCUGUUGGGCUUCCCCUGGGCGCUGCCGGCGAUUUACCUCCAGACGCUGUACGUGUACUGCACGCUGGCCACUGCCAUGCUCAUGCACCGCCUGCUGCCGGCCUUCUUCGGCAUUGACUCGGUGGACCCCAUGCAGACCCCGCUCUUGCUGUCCACUUCACUGCGGGACUUCUGGGGGAGGAGAUGGAAUUUGGUGGUGCACCGUCUCAUGAAGCGCACCUUCUUCCUGCCGGUAGCAGGCAGCUCGGCUUGGACGAGACGUCUGGCGGGGCUGCUGGCCUUCAUGAUGUCGGGCGUCUUCCACGAGUACAUGUGGCUGGCGGUGAACUGGAACUCCAGAGACAGCUUCGUGCCCGGGCUCUCGCUGCUCUUCUUCCUCGUGCAGUUCGCGCUGUGCGCCCUGGAGGCCAGCCUCACCGCGCUGGCGCCAGGCGUCGCCGGCGCCUCGCUGCCGGCGCCGCUCAAAACGGUGUUGACCACUGCGCUCAUCCUGCCUUUCGGCCCCCUCUUCCUGCAGGGCAUCCGCCCGAUGGCCCUGGAGUGCACGGAGCAAGGCCAGACGUUUUCUCUGGUGGACGGGGGUGAGGGUGUGGUCUCCGGGCCGCCCCCCCUUGACUGGGUCCUCUGCUGUGCGGUCGGAGUCGCGGCCACUGCGCGCAGCGCCUGGAGAGGCGCAAAGCAGAGAUCUGGAGGCCUGGCUCCGAAGGUCUCAGUGGUGCCGGUACUCCCCACUUGCGAGGGCGCGUAA